CAGGGCUGACGCUGGGGGCGCUUCUGGGAGCAGCGGGCCAAGCAGCUGCAGCGGCAGGUGCAGGCCAGAGACGAGCGGAUAGUUGAUCUGGAAACGGAAAAUGCAGGUCUUCGCCUGAGGCUGGCGCAGUUCUCUGUGUUCUUGUUUUGUAGAUGCUGAAGCAAGACGUAAGGGCGCUGCACGCCUCUUUUCUGGAAGCUCUCGGAAACUGCUGGGACCGCCUGCGGGCGGGUCUCUCUGAAGUGGCCCCGAGGGUCCAGGGAGCGCAGCUGGGCCAGCAGGCUGUGCUGUCCUGGCGGCCCAGGGCGGCCCACCUGGAGCGGCGCCUGCGGGAAGCGGACGCGCGGAACCAGCUGGAGAAGCAGAGGAGGAAGGGGCUUCACAACCGCCUUGUGGAGCUGAUGGGCAACAUCAGAGUUCACUGUCGGAUCCGCCCUUUGUUGCCUUUUGAUAAGGAAUUCGAUGACCCAGCCUCACAGAGCAGCUCCGGGCUGGCGGGAGUGGUCCACGCCGUCGAUGACGAAACAGUCCUGGUGAAACGCGACCGGCCUGCUCACCCCCUGAUUAAUAAGACAUACAGUUUUGAGAGAGUUUACGGUCCAGCAGAAUCCCAGCAAGUGGUGUUUGAGGAUGUGUGUCCCCUGCUCACGUCGCUCUUGGACGGGUAUAAUGUCUGCAUCAUGGUAGGACAGACGGGCUGCGGCCAGACCUACACCAUGCUGGGGCCGCAGCCCCGGGCGGUCCUGCCCAGGGCCGCCGGGGAGCUCUUCAGGCUUAUCUCAGAAAACCCGUCAAGGAGCCUGAAGGUCGACGUGUCCAUUGUGGAAGUUUACAAUAACGACGUUUUUGACCUUCUGGCCAAAGACGGUCGCACGGCAGCGUCUGGGCCCAAGUGUGAGGCGCCGACCGCCGAGGGGACGAAGCAGGAGGUCCAUCUGCUGACCCGAGCGGCGAAGCUGGCCGCCUCAGUGCACGCCACCUCUUCACGAUCCCACCCGAUAAUCACGGCCACUCUGACCGCAGCCACUGGCCGUGGCAGCCCCGCGCCGCUGAGGGGGCUUCGCGGGCACCCCGGGGGAGCCGAGCCGCGGCCCCACAGGCCACCGCCGGACGGGAGCGGGCGGAGCCCCUCCGGGGGCAGAGCCUCGCCGGGGGCCCCGGGGGCCCAGCGACCCGCGGAGCAGGCGCACGCCAAGCUGCAGCGCGUGGACCUGGCGGGCAGCGAGUGUGUGGGUGCGUCUGCAGUGACAGGACCGGCCCUGAGGGAGACUUCGUACAUCAACCGGAGCCUGGCGGCCCUGGCGGAGCGCAGAGGCCACAUCCCCUACCGGAACAGCAAGCUCACCCACUUCCUCCAGGACGCUCUCGGUGGUGACGCGAAGCUGCUGGUGAUCCUGUGUGUGUCCCCCUGCCGGAAGCACGUGGCGGAGACGCUGCGCUGCCUGGGCUUUGCCCGGGCGAGGCAAGUCCAGCGCAGCCAAGCCCGAGGGGGCCGUCCCGCCCCCCGAAAACCCAGGUGAAGGAGACGCGGAAGCCGGGUCGCAAGUGGUGAUGGGCUUUCCCCCCUCAAAAUGAGUUUCCUGUUAUGACUGGACAACAAACGUGCCCUAAAAUAAGCUCAUUUAUUUCA